AGCUCACCCAGUUGCUUCUUGCAUCUUGGUUUUGCAUCACGUCCGCACAUCAUCGAUCUCUCCCUCUCCUGCUACUCAACUUUUCGUCAUGUGCGAGUACGCAGUCGGCAGGCGGUACCUCAACGCACGAACGCGUGCUCCCCUGACGUUGCGCUAUAUUGGCGCGCUACCCGGCCUUGACUCGACGUGGCUCGGCGUCGAAUAUGACGACCCAACCCGUGGCAAGCAUUCUGGCGAGUACAACAGUGUGCAAUUCUUUCGCUGUCAUCCCGGUGCCGGCGCCUUUAUCAAGUACUCUUCCGCGUCGCUACCGCUGGUCGAGGGCGCUGACCUCGUGGCGGCGCUCGAGGAUCGCUAUGGAGGAUUGGAAGGAGAAGGGGCCAACGGAAGGGAAGGCGCCGACGUCGUGCUUCUUGGCGACUCGCGGAUUGUCGUUGAGGCGCCGGGGAUGCGAGAUGUCGUGAGGCGAAUUGGGCGGCUCGAGCGGCUGCGCGAGGUAGGCUUCGAGAAUGAGUGGGUGUCCCGACUUGGAGGGAGCGAACGUCAGCGUAUCGUUCUCAAACAGCGGUUGAAAGGCGUUCGCGCUCUGGACUUGUCGAGGAACCUCAUUGCAACCUGGAGUGAUGUUGGAGACAUCGCCUCGCAUCUUACGGGGCUCAGAGUGCUCAUCCUGAACCACUCACGAAUUCAAGAUGUCAGCUCUAUCGCCUCCGAAGAGCAGAAGAGGCUUCGCGAUUGCUUUUCAACAGUCUCAGAGCUGCAUCUCGGCAAAUCGGCACUCAGCUGGGCCGAGGCGGUGGACGUAGCUUCACUCUUCCCCUCCCUUGAAACGCUGUUUCUUAACCACAACUCUGACAUCGUAACCCUUUCCCCUCGUCAUGAUCAAAAUGUCAAGGCUGCGAUGGCCCGCCUGAAGGUCCUUAGCAUUGAUGGGUGCGGUGUUGACUCGUGGUCGAAUGUCGCUUGUGGUCUCUCCGCCCUUCCAUCACUCACAACGGCUCAGCUCUCUGAACUCGGUAUCCGCAGUAUCUCACCUCGCGGAUCCGCACCCGCCUUCCCGUAUCUCACGGGCCUCACGCUCGUUGACACUCACAUCUCCAUGUGGGCAGACAUUGACCGCCUCGACGAUUGGACUAGCGGGCGGUUACAGAAACUUCGUAUUUCCUGCGCCGGUUGCGAAGACGGAGUGCCCAAGCAAAACACCGAUCCAUUGCGUAUGAGUGGAGACGUGCGAUCGGAUAGGCCACUUCUCAUCGCAAAGCUGGCUGCGCUGAAGUCAUUAAACGGGUCCAAUGUCACCUCAGCCGAACGCUGGGACUCGGAGCUAUUCUACAUUCACUACGUCGAUCGCCUACCAGCAGCUGAGCGUGAUGCCUGGGGUCGGUACACGGAGCUCAUACAAAAGCACGAUGUUGGACCCAAGGCCCCCCCACUCAAAGUAUCAUCCAACCUCAAAUCCAAGAUGAUCAGUAAGUCUGCCCCAGAUCGUCACUGAUCGAAGACCUGAACGUCAUUCCUCCCAAUGGCAUGACAAUGACUCUUCGCCUUUUACCUUCCGCUACGGCUGCCUCGCUUCAAAAGCGCGUGGCACGCCA